UGCCGGCGACCGGGUUGGGCUGUGACGCUGCUCCUCGGGGUCAGAAUGUCAUACCCAAGCUAUCCUCCCACAGGCUACCCACCUUUCCCUGGAUAUCCUCCUGCAGGUCAGGAGUCAUCUUUUCCCCCUCCUGGUCAGUAUCCUUACCCUAGUGGCUAUCCUCCAAUGGGAGGAGGGGCCUACCCCCCAGCACCAAGUAGUGGCUACCCAGGAGCUGGAGGCUACCCUGCCCCUGGAGGUUAUCCAGUGCCUGGAGGCUAUCCUGGUGCACCACAGCCAGGGGGAGCUCCAUCCUAUCCCGGAGGCCAAGGGUUUGGAGCCCCACCAGGUGGAGCAGGCUUUUCUGGCUAUCCACAGCCACCCUCACAGUCUUAUGGUGGUGGCCCAGCACAGGUCCCACUACCUGGUGGUUUUCCUGGAGGACCAAUGCCUUCCCAGUAUCCUGGAGGACAAACUCCUUAUUUUAGUCAGAUCAGUACAGAAUCCUUUCCUUCCUAUCCUGUUUUCUCUCCUGUUUCUUUGGAUUAUAGCAGUGAAGGAAAUCAAGGAACAAUUCAACCAGCUGCCAGCUUUGAUGCCAUGAGAGAUGCAGAAGUUCUUCGUAAAGCAAUGAAGGGUUUUGGGACAGACGAGCAGGCAAUUAUAGACGUUGUAGCCAACCGUUCCAAUGAUCAAAGGCAGAAAAUUAAAGCAGCUUUUAAGACCAUGUAUGGCAAGGAUUUAAUCAAAGAUCUUAAAUCAGAGUUAAGUGGAAAUAUGGAAGAACUGAUCCUUGCCCUGUUCAUGCCACCUACAUAUUAUGAUGCCUGGAGUUUACGGAAUGCGAUGAAGGGAGCAGGAACUCAGGAACGUGUAUUGAUUGAAAUUUUGUGUACAAGAACAAAUCAAGAAAUCCGAGAAAUUGUCAGAUGUUAUCAGUCAGAAUUUGGACGAGACCUUGAAAAGGACAUUAGAUCAGAUACUUCAGGGCAUUUUGAACGUUUACUUGUAUCCAUGUGCCAGGGAAAUCGUGACGAGAACCAAAAUGUUAACCACCAACUGGCUCAGGAAGAUGCUCAGCGUCUGUAUCAAGCCGGUGAGGGGAGAUUAGGGACAGAUGAGUCUUGCUUUAACAUGAUUCUUGCCACAAGAAGCUUUCCUCAGCUGAAAGCUACCAUGGAGGCUUAUUCCAGGAUGGCUAAUCGAGAUUUGUUAAGCAGUGUUGGCCGUGAGUUUUCUGGAAACGUUGAAAGUGGUUUGAAGACCAUCUUGCAGUGUGCCCUGAACCGCCCUGCCUUCUUUGCUGAGAGGCUCUACUAUUCAAUGAAAGGUGCCGGCACAGAUGACUCCACCCUGGUCAGGAUUGUGGUCACUCGAAGUGAGAUUGAUCUCGUACAGAUAAAACAGAUAUUCAGUCAGAUGUAUCAGAAGACCCUGGGCAUGAUGAUUUCAAGUGACACAAGUGGAGAUUACCGAAAGCUUCUUCUGGCCAUCGUGGGCCAGUAGGAGAAAUUUUUUUUAAACAAAUGAAGCUAUUCAAAGCUUAUCCUUCAAAGCAAUGACUGACCUGCAUGCAGCAACACCAGCCACCUAAACAAAAGAGCUUUUCCUAAGGACUGUGUCAGGGUAUUGUGCUUGGUUUGCACAUGGGGUUAUUGCCUUAAUUCCAGUGUUUUCUUUUUCUCUUUAUAUACAAUCAAGUAAAGCCAUAUCACAAUGAUAUAGUAAUAAUGCAAUGUUUGUAAAGCAUAAUUCUCACUGCUCUUAUUCUAAAUAGGAUACCAAAUUGAAUAAAAUCACAACAGUCUCUAAUUCUGUGCAAUCAUAUUGAAUAAAAAAGUUCAAUAUUGAAUAAAUUUGAAUAGAUAAUACUGAGUUAAAAAGAAAACCUCUGCCUUCCACUGGACAGUUAUAGUUGGUUGUAUGUCAAAACUGUAUUACUCUUUUAAAAAAUUCAGCUCUUUUGACCUAGAAGAGUAAUUUGCAUCUUAUUUUACAUAAAUUGGUAUUCUAUUUCAUAAAUACUAAAUUUCCCACAUAGAAAAUAGAUUAGUAUUGCCUGUAGCAACUUUUCAAAAAAAGAAUUAUAUGUUUAUAUGCAUAAAAUACAUAGCCUACUUUUAUGUCUCCUAAAGCUCACUACAGAUUUUUAUUGACCCUUGAUUUAAAAAAAAAUUUAUAAAAGACUUUAAUUUCAGUUGCAAUUUAAUCAUGAUUGAAGAAAGUGAAGCUUGACACAUAAAAUGUGCUCAAUUAAUGAAUGAAUGAGGCUUAAAGUAUUUCCCUGGGAGAUUGAACACUAGCUCUUUGGAGAAGUAUUUUGGGAGCUCAGUGGUACAGCAGAGUGAUUUCAAACCUGGUUUUAUUCCUAGUACUGAGCAAUUACUUAAGUAUGUUGAGCAUUACAAUAGGUAGUCAGGGAAAAUACAAAGGAAGAAGGUUUGUAAUCUAGUGAGGGUUCUAAACAAAACUUAGGAUAUAAGGAAGUUGUAAAUGUUGGGUUAUAAAUUCUGCUGAGGAUAAUAACCGUAUCUGUUCUUAGUGUUGAGCUCUCUGGCACAAAGCAGGUGUUUACUAUAGAUCUGGUGAAUGACUGUACUAAAUAAAAAUUGAGGAGAAGAAUUGUAAGUAUCAAUUAUAAUAUGAACAUUUGUUUUGUUUAAGUACCAAGGUAUAUAUAUACAAGAUGGUAUAAAAUACAGCCUUACUCUUACAGAGGCAGACCUAUGUACAAUACUGAGGCAAAAGCAAGAUACAUAGGUAGAAGGAUAAUGGGCUAAGGUAGAUGUAAUUUUAAAAAGUUUCAUUGAAAAAGUUCAGUUUUGAUAAAGGUUUUGAGUAAGUAACAAUGAAGGGAUGUAAAGUAAAAAAAAAAAAUCUAGUGAUUGGGAGGUACCAAAUGUAAAGCUGAGAGAGGUUUAAGUUAUUAAGGAAAGAAAAGAUAGGAGCAAUGUAUUUUUAAGCUUUUUAAAAACUGAUAUAUAAUUCAUAUAUCAUAAAAUUCAGUGGUUUUUAGAAUAUUCAUAUAUUUGUGCAACAAUCACCACAAUCAAUUUUUGAACAUUUUCAUCACCCCAAAAGAAAACUUAUACACAUUAUCAGUAACUUCUUUUCCCUCCUUCCCAGCCCCUGGCAAUCACUAAUCCACUUUGUGUCCAAAUGGAUUUGCCUACUUGGGGCUUUUCAUAUGAAUGGAGUCAUACAAUGUGUGGCCCUUUGUCUGGCUUCUAUCAAUUAGCAUUCAUUGUUUGGAUGGACAUGUGGGUUGUUUCCCCCUUUUUAUUUAUGAAUAAUGCUGCUACGAACAUUCAUGUACAAGUUUUUGUGUAGACACGUUUACAGUUCUCUCGGCUAUAGUACUAGGAGUGGAAUUGCUGGUACAUACAGUAUCUUUAUGUUUACCUUUUUGAGGAUGUGCCAAACUCUCUUCCAAAGCAGAUGUACCAUUUUACAACCCUACCAGCAAUGAAUGAGUCUUCUAUCCUACUGAGUGUGAAGUGGUAUCUCAUUGUGGUUUUGAUUUGCAUUUCCCUAAUGACUAAUGAGCAUAUCUUGAGCUCAUUGGCCAGUUGCAUAUCUUCUUUGGAAAAAUGUCUAUUCAAAUACCCAUUUUUAAAUGAGCUAUUCAUCUUUUUAUUGUUGAGUUGUAAGGGUUAUUUAUAUAUUCUGGUUAGAAGACCCUUAUCGGAUGUGAUUUUGUUUUGUAUUCUUUUACGGAAUGGUAAGUCAGGUUUGGCCACAAGAGAAGACACAGGAGAGGCUCAGGAAAGUAAUUAUGCUCAAACAUCUUAGAGACAGAAGGCACUGCACACAUAGGGCCAAAUGGGAAAGGCACCAGGGUGGUCAGGAGGCUGGGGGGCCAUGCCUAUAUUGGUGUUUCUGAGUGAAAGGCAGUGUGGGUCAGGGUAAACAGUUUAGGAUUGGCUAGUUGGAGUAAUUUUGGUGGGCUUUGGACUAUAUGGGUGGUCUCCAGUUGCCUGGUUCCUAGCCCUGGGAUUACUAAGGCAGAAGAAUAUUUUCCUCCUGGGGUUCAGGGCCAGAUACAGGAGGUAUGGCUCUGGAUUGGUUAGCUGGCAUAUCAAAACAUGCUCUUAGCUUGGUCCUUUGCUAUCUCUAAGAACUGGCUACCUGGGGAGGGGCAGUCUCUCCCUAGCCAGAAGGGUUUUUUAAGAUGUAAAAACAACACAAUGUGCAGAAAAUUAUAUAUACACACACACAAUACACAUUUAGAAAUAUUUUCUCCCAUUCUGUGGGUUGUCUUUUUACUUUCUUGAUGGUGUCUUUUGAUGCACAAAACUUAAAUUUGAUGAAGUCCAAUUCUCUUUCUUUUUCCUUUGGUUGCUUGUGCUUUUGGUAUCAUGUCUACGAAACCACUGUCUAAUGCAAGCUCGUGACAAUUUACCUCUAUAUUUUCUUCUAAGAUUUUUAGAGUUUUAGUUCUGAAAUUUUGGUCUUUAACAUUUUUAGUUAAUAUUCUUAUAUGAUGUGAGAUAGGUGUCCGGCUUCUUUCUUUUGCAUUUGGAUAUCCAGUUGACCCAGCAUCAUUUGUUGAAAAGACUAUUCUCUUGCCAUUGAAUUGUCUUGACACUCUUGUCAAAAAUCACCUGACCAUGAAUAUAAAGUUUGGUCCAAGGACAGAGGGAAUGAAAAGUGCACAACGAACUGAGGAGCUAUCUUAAAACCAAAAAAUAAGGCAGGUAGUUCCAUACAAUCAAUGGAGCAGUUUAUUAUUGGGUAACUUACAUACAGGGUGGAAUCGGGUGGACAGCAGCCCCUCUGCAGUAGAGCAAUUCUCCACACUGUCAAGGGGCCACUGAGACAACUUUAUGUCAAACUAGGGCAUGAGGGUACAUAUUCAGAGACAGGGCGUGCAUUCCUAAGUCAAGACUGCAUCUAAUUUAUGAGUAACUAGUCUUGUGGGCACCAGGAUAACAUCAGCGAAGGUCUUACCAUAGUUUGAAGACUCACACAGCAUAUAGGCCACCUGGAACUAAUGAACAUUAAACAGUAUCUAUUAGCUACAAAGCUCUUGACAAUAGAGAAGAGAUUUACCACACAGUACAGUCCCAGGUAGGGUCAGUGGAAGGACAGGAGAAACUGAACAGGCCCAAAAUGGCGUUAGUUAUGCUAACUGUGAAACAAAUUCUACACCAUUCUCUAUUCUAUUAAUCUAUAUGUCUAUCCUUAUGCUUUGAUUACUUGGUAACUAUAGCUUUAUAAUAAGUUAGAAAUUGGGAAAUUUGAAUCCUUCAACUAUAGCCUUUCUCAAGAAUGUGUUGGCUAUUUUGGGUCCCAUGCAUUUCUAUAUGAAUGCAAAAAAAAAAA